GGCUGAACACGCUGCCCGCCAGCAUGGAGCAACCGGCGUACUGCCUCUGCCUCUUCUUGGCUCUCCUCCUCCCUCUCCUGCUCCUCCUCAAGCUGUAUAGGAGGAAUCAUGGCGCCCGCUAUGGCGGCGUGUGUCUGCCGCCCGGCCCGUGGCAGCUGCCGGUCAUCGGUAGCUUGCACCACCUGGCCGGAAACCCUCUCGCGCACCGGGUCAUGGCCGACCUCGCGCGCCGGCUUGACGCGCCGCUCAUGUACCUCAAGCUCGGCGAGGUCCCCGUCGUCGUGGCCACGUCCCGGGAGGCCGCUCGCGAGAUCAUGCGGACGCACGACGCCGUCUUCGCGUCGCGGCCGUGGAGCUCCACCUUCAAGUCCUAUGAGAUGGACGGGCAAGGGCUGAUAUUCGCGCGGUACGGCGCCCUGUGGCGGCAGCUCCGCAAGAUUUGUGUCAUGCAGCUGCUCAGCCCGCGACGCGUCCAGUCUUUCCGCCGCAUCAGGGAGGAGGAGGUCGCACGGCUCGUGGCCGCCGUCGCAGCCACGCCGCCCGGCGAGCUCGUGAACGUCAGCCAGCGGAUCGCUGUGCUCAUCACUGACUCCGCGAUACGCGCCAUGAUAGGUGACAGGUUCAAGAAACGUGAGGAGUUUUUGCAGGCCAUCGACGAGGCGGUCAAGCUCUUCUCUGGGUUCUUCAACCUUGGCGACCUAUUCCCCUCGUCGAGGCUCGCGAGCUUCAUCGGUGGCACGGCGCGGCUUGCCCAGGAGAACAGCCGCAAGUGUUCGGAGCUCAUGGAGUACGUGAUCAACCAGCACGAGGAUCAGAGUUCCGUGGAGGAACAAGAGGACCUAGUGGACGUGCUCUUGAGGAUACGGAAGGAAGGUGGCCUCGAGGUGCCUCUCACCAUGGGAACCAUUAAAACCGUUAUCUUCGAUCUGUUUGGUGCUGGGAGCGAGACCUCAGCGACAACACUCCAAUGGGCAAUGUCAGAGCUAAUGAGGCACCCAAACGUGAUGCGAAAAGCACAGGCCGAAGUGCGCAGUAAUUGCCAAGGAAAGCACAAGUUAACCGAGGAUGACUUGGCUGAUCUCAAGUACCUCCAACUCAUCAUCAAGGAGACACUGAGGUUGCAUCCAGCUGCACCAUUGCUUAUCCCCAGGGAGGCUUCGGAGCCUUGCAAAAUCCUUGGGUACGACGUACCUAAGGGCAUUAUGGUGUUGGUGAAUGCGUGGGCAAUUGGCAGAGACCGUAAGCACUGGGAAGACCCUGAUGAGUUCAAGCCAGAGAGGUUUGAGUCUGGCAUGGUUGAUUUCAAAGGAUCAAACUUUGAGUACAUACCAUUUGGGGCGGGACGAAGGAUGUGCCCUGGAAUGAUAUUUGCACAAGCGAGCAUGGAGAUCGUGCUUGCCACUCUCCUCUACCACUUCGACUGGGAGCUCCCUGCUGGAGAUAAGCCAGGGAACAUGGACAUGAAUGAGGAGAUGGGCAUCACAGUUUGACGUAAGAAAGACUUAUGGUUGCACGUCACCGUUCGUGUGCCACCGAUUUGAUUGACAAAUGCACUGAGACAUGAUCAUGAAUUUUCAUGUACUAUGGGGGAAUAAGUUGAACUAUGGAAUAGUGGACCGUGGCCAUAUCAGUUUUUGAUUUCAUGGUAGCCCAAUCAUGUAAUGAGUGUGGAAUAUCUUACAUUGUGUACAGAGAGAAUAGUACACAAUAUGUCGUGAAAUUGCUUAAGCAAUAUGAGAUGGUUGUUGAUAUUCCAUAUGCUCAAUCAACCUAGACAAUGAGGUUUGAAUUCAUGACUAGAUAAUGCAAUCUGAAUAUCAGAAAAAAAGAUAAUAGAAUCUGAAUUGAGAAUA